GUCUUGCUGACUGUUGGGCAGGAGCCAUAGAUCGCACCUCGUUUGUGUUGCUGCACAGUGCACAUUGGCCAGCACGCACGUUAGGAGCGAGGCUUCUCCCGGCCUCGUCUGCUGCCCAGUAGGGCUUGACGCCGUAAUUGUCGCUCACAGUGACGAUCUUUGCGAUUUCCCUUUCUCGCUGAGAUCGCCUUUUCAUGGCGGCUUGCGGCGUGGGGAGCGCUGCGUGUGGGAGAACGCAUCGAGCCCUCGGCAUGACCUUCGCGCUCGCAUUAGCGGCGCUUCUGCUGCUCGGCGCGCAGCCGCAACUCGCGGCGGGAUUCAAGGCGCACGAGUUUAAGACGUGCGACAAAGCGCACUUCUGCAAGCGGAAUCGCAAUCGCGAGCCAGGCACUUCUACUCUGGUCCUACGCUCUGGCGAAAUUAAUCCCAGCGGGAAAUUCGUCGGAAUUAUCCGCAACAAGGCACCUGGGAAAGGGAAAGUGGCGUUGUUUCUCGAGAUCACGGCGUAUUCGGAUUCAACGGUCCGGAUGAAAGUUAACGAGGACGCGUCCAGGAACCGAUUCGAGGUUCCCGAUGUGCUCGAACCAGGGCUGGAGUCUAAGGCCGUGCCGCUUUCCGUGAUUUCGGGGUCGGCGGUGGAGGGUGACGUGGCGCCUGUCCACCUGUCAUUCGGCGAGGGUCGCCGCGCGGUUCUGGCGAAAGAUCCGUUCGCCGUACACGUGUACCGCGGCGACGAUCUGCUCAUGUCGUUCAACGGCAAGGGGCUCUUCGAGUUCGAGCACCGGCGCAACAAGACGGAACCCCCCGCCGCUGCGGGGGAAGCCGCGCAGGCGGAAGGCGCAAAGGCGGAAGGCGCGGGGGCGGCGGCGGAAGGCGGGGAGAAUAUCCUCGAGCAGGCGGUGGAGGGGGAGGGGGAGGCGAAGAGCGACGGCGGAGCGGAGGGGGAGGGGGAGGCGGAGGAGGCGGAGGCGGAGGAGGGGGAGAUUAUCGGGCAUGACGCGGAGGACGAGUCGUGGGAGGAGACGUUCAAGGGGCACUUCGACUCCAAGCCGCGCGGCCCCGAGGCCAUCAGCUUCGACGUCACCUUCCACGGCGCGCAGAACGUCUACGGCAUCCCGGAACGCGCCACGAGCUUAUCCCUGCGCCCCACUAAAGGCCCUGGCGUGCACAGCGAGCCAUACAGACUCUACAACCUGGACGUCUUCGAGUACCUGCAUGAGUCGCCCUUCGGGCUCUACGGGUCCAUCCCCAUGAUGCUCGCUCACAGCGCCGCGCGCACCACCGGCGUCUUCUGGCUCAACGCCGCCGAGAUGUGGAUCGACGUGCUGGCCAAGCCCGAGAAUGCGACCACGCCAGAGGUGACCACCUACUGGAUAGCGGAGAGCGGCAUUCUCGACCUCUUCUUCUUCCUGGGCCCCUCACCGGCCGGCGUGGUGCGGCAGUACACGGCGGUGACUGGCACGACAGCCAUGCCACAGCUGUUCGCGGUGGCGUACCAGCAGUGCCGGUGGAACUACAAGGACGAGGCGGACGCGCUGGCUGUGGACGCGGGGUUCGACGAGCAUGACAUCCCGUAUGACGUGCUGUGGCUGGACAUCGAACACACGGAUGGGAAGCGGUACAUGACUUGGGACUCCACCCACUUUCCCCAUCCAGCCGACAUGCAGAACAAGUUCGCGGCCAAGGGGCGCAGGAUGGUGACCAUAGUGGACCCCCACGUGAAGCGCGACGAUGGGUACUCGCUCCAUAAAGAGGCGACCAAUAAAGGGUACUACGUGAAGGACUCGAGCGGCAAGGACUACGACGGGUGGUGCUGGCCGGGGAGCAGCAGCUACCUGGACGUGCUCAGCCCGGAGAUCAGGGCGUGGUGGGCCGGCAAGUUCGCCUACUCCAGCUAUGGCGGGUCGACCCCGAAUCUCUACAUUUGGAAUGAUAUGAACGAGCCGUCCGUGUUCAAUGGGCCUGAGGUCACGAUGCCCAAGGACAACCUGCAUUUUGGCGGCGUGGAGCACCGGGACGUGCACAAUGCCUACGGCUACUACUACCACCUCGCCACCGCCGAGGGGCUCAAGAUCCGCAACGGGCCGGCCAAUCUCGACCGUCCGUUCGUGCUCUCCAGGGCGAUCUUCGCCGGGUCGCAGCGCGUGGGGCCCAUCUGGACGGGUGACAACACGGCUGACUGGCAGCACCUGAGGGUGUCCAUCCCCAUGCUGCUCAGCCUCGGUCUUGCUGGCAUGGGGUUCUCAGGAGCUGAUGUCGGGGGCUUCUUUGGCAAUCCCAACGCGGAGCUGCUGCUGCGGUGGUACCAGAUGGGCGUCUUCUAUCCCUUCUUCCGCGCUCACGCUCACCUCGACACCAAGCGCCGCGAGCCCUGGCUCUUUGGUGAGCCGUACACCUCGCACAUCCGGGAGGCCGUGCGCACGCGCUACGCGCUCCUGCCCUACCUCUACACGCAGUUCCGCACCGCCUUCACUGCCGGCACGCCCCCCAUGCGCCCGCUGUGGUUCGAGUUCCCUGCGGACCCGCGGCUCUUCAGCCACCAGGACUCCUUCCUGCUCGGUCCGUCUGUCCUCGUGCACCCGGUUACUGUGGAGGGCGCCACGUCGGUGAAAGUUUUGUUUCCGGGCAGCGAGUUCUGGUACGAUCUGAAGACCGGGCAGCCGCACGCAAGUGGCGAGCGGGAGCUCCCAGUGGCUCUUGACACCAUGCCGGUGUUUCAGCGCGCUGGCUCCAUCGUUCCCAGGAAGGACCGUGCAAGGCGCUCCAGCACCCAGAUGGAGAAGGACCCCUAUACCCUGGUCAUUGCGCUCAACAGCACUAUGGGAGCAGAGGGCGAGCUGUACAUUGACGACGGCAAGUCCUACGCCUAUGAGAAGGGUGCCUUCAUCCACCGCCGCUUCCUCUUUUCAAACGGCGUCCUGCGCUCGCUCCCACACCCCGAUGACGUGGCGGCGUCCCAUUCGCUGGGAGCGCAGCGGCAGGCGUUUGAGACGCCGUGUGUGGUGGAGCGGGUGGUGGUGUUUGGGCUGCCAGCUGACAAGCUGGCGAGGAGCCGAGAGGCCGUGGUCGAAGGGACGGGUGUGCGGCUGGAGGAGGAGGUGGGCCCCGCAUGGCUGCGCCCGGGAGUGCCCUCAUCAGUCCUAGUGGUGCGGGCGCCACGUGUGCCCAUCGCCUCUGAUUGGUCCAUCAAGAUCUUCGACCCGUGAUUGAUUGAUUGGCCCGUGAAGAUCUUCUACCCCUAAGAAAGGUUUUGACCCGUGAGAAAGGUUUUUGGUGCUGAAGGGCUUUGGAAAGGUUUGGAAGGCUGUAGUAGGUGUUGGUUUGCAUGUUAUGCAGUAGGUUCAGAAGACUCUUCUUUUGACCCGCAACCAACUGUCCCUUCGUGUGUUGUGGCAUCUCAUGGUUUCGUAUGGUUUGGUUUGGAUUAUUGUUCAGCAGGACAUGCCUUCCACCUGUAGCUUCCUAACCAGCCGGCCUUGGUAAUAUCCUGUCCUACAUCCCACAAGAUUCAACCUUGGACCAUUGCCACCCCACCACUAUCCCAUGACAAGGAAGCUUAGGAUGGGCUCAUUCAUGGACUUGGUUUCAUGAUGAAAUGUACCCCAGCUCGAGAGGUGCUGUGCAAGCGUUUGAGGGGCU